UAAAAAAUAGUAUUAUAGCAAAAUAGUCUUUGCCUAUAUGCAUGGUUUUCAAUUUGCACCACGGAUUAAACACUUAGUGUUAUUUAAAGAGACGAACUAACAUGUUUUAAACAAUGAAGCUGUAUGGGAGAUGAGAAUAAUUGAAAUGACGAACAAUAUUGAAUGAUGGAAACUCAACAAGCCAAUUAAAACCAUAGUAACUACAUUGUUUUCAGCACAAUAAUAUUGUGCUGAAAAAAAAUCACAAUGCUGGUCAAUCGAAAAACAAGCUUCCGAGAGAACCUGCCUUUGUCUGACUACGGUCCAGAUGAGAACUUAAAUGAUAAUGCUGAUAUCGACUGGGUGAAUAAAGACUGGGUGCGCUGGUUGUUGCGAGGAUGUGCACUGGUCAGUGUGAUGUCUGUGAGUAUGAACACUCCGGCCACCUUCCAGUAUGUGCCAGCCCUUGAGUACCUGACCUUCGUCCUUGACCUUGUGGUCACCUUCCUCUUCACGGCCGAGAUGAUUGCCAAGAUACACAUAAGAGGCAUUUUAAAGGGUGAUGUGCCAUAUCUGAAAGACCGCUGGUGUCAGUUUGAUUGUUUCAUGGUCAUCUGCCUUUGGGCUUCAGUAAUCUUGCAGGUGUUUGAGCUGACGCGAGUGGUCCAGUCCUACUCGUACUGGUCCAUAUUGCGCUGCAUGCGUCCACUGAUACUGAUCAGAGUGUUCAGGGUCUUCCUGAAGUUCUCAUUGCCUAAAAAUAGAAUCAACUCCAUCUUCAAGCGUUCAUACCAGCAGAUCUACAAUGUGACGAUCUUCUUCCUCUUCUUCAUGUCUCUAUACGGUAUCCUCGGCGUGCAGUUCUUUGGGGAGCUCAAGUUCCACUGUGUCCGAGACAAUGUCACUAACACAUCGGAGAUCACUGUGUAUGACCUUGCCAUACCAGACACCUACUGCUCGCCGAAUGACCAGCCCGGCUACCACUGUCCUGCACCCAUGAAGUGCAUGUCCAUUGACAUCCCUAAAAACAACAGGGGCUUUAAUGGCUUUGAUGAGCUACCGACAAGUUUCUUCACAGUAUAUGAGGCGGCCUCACAGGAAGGCUGGGUGUUUCUCAUGUACCGAGCCAUGGACAGUCUCGAGUCUGGAGUGGCCAUUGUCUACUUCAUCUCACUCAUAUUCUUGCUUGCCUGGCUUGUAAAGAACAUCUUCAUAGCUGUGAUUAUUGAGUCGUUUGCUGAGAUCCGUGUACAGUUCCAGCAGAUGUGGGGAUCCCGUGGUACAGACACUGACUCAGACUCUUCACAGGUGAUACAACAGGAGGGCAGCACCUGGCGUAUGGUGAUUCAGGAUGAAAACAAGCCCCAGGGUCUGGCCCCACCCAUCUUUCAGCAGAUUCUGCGCUCAUCUGCCUUCCACGCCAUCAUACUCCUCAUGGUGCUGGCCUCGGCCAUAGCGGAAGCCUCACUCAGCUUUGAUCAUGAGACAAAAGAUCCAAAUAAUACCAUGGACCUUUUUUACUACAUUGAGGUGUUUUUCACCCUACUAUUUGACCUGGAGGCCGUGUUUAAGAUCUGGUGUCUGGGACUACGGGGCUACUGGCGCCGCUCCCUCCACAAGUUUGAGUUGUGUCUCGUUAUUGGCACAUCACUGCAUAUUAUUCCAGGCUGGUAUCGCACAGAACUCACAUACUUCCAGGUAUUAAGAGUCGUGCGACUGAUAAAAGCCUCUCCCAUGCUAGAGGACUUCUGUUAUAAGAUAUUUGGCCCGGGUAAGAAGUUGGGGAGCAUCGUUCUGUUCACCAUCAGCCUUCUUAUCAUCGCAUCCAGCAUCAGUCUUCAACUCUUCUGCUCCAUAAGAGACUUUGACAACUUUGAGACAUUCCCUAGGGCAUUUAUGUCCAUGUUUCAAAUCCUGACCCAGGAGGGUUGGACGGAUGUCGUUGCACAAGCUCUGGAGCGUGCCAAGGAUAAUACCAUAAUAUUUUACCUUAUACGAACAUAUUUUCUCCUCUACCACCAGUUUGUUAGUGUGAUUGUGAUCAGCUUGUUUGUGGCUGUGAUCCUGGACAACUUGGAGUUGGACGAAGAUAUAAAACAGCUCAAACAGCUGAAGGCCACAGAGCAGAGUGCGGAUGAGUCAGAGUCUCUUCCAUUUAGACUGAAGAUCUUUGAAAGAUUCCCGAACCGCCCACAAAUGGUGAAGAUCCACAAACUUUCAGGAGACUUCAAUGUUGCCGAGAUCCGUGAGAGUUUCAUGCGUCAGUUCAGUACACCGCAGUUGGACCUGAUAAUGGACACAGAUGAUAGUGGGGAGGAGGGGCAGUCAUUCCUGAAGUGCCCACCGGUCAGCCUCGUCAAGUCCCCAACUGUUGGCACACGUUCUGGGGGACAUGUGGAGAAACAACUAGCUGUGGCUGCUGUCAUAAGGGAGUCAAACCAGCACAAGCUGAUGGGCGGGGGAUCUGGUCAGAUGGUUAACAAUGGGCCCAAGUCUCUUCUCUCCCAGCAGUACCAUUUACGCAUGGACAGGAGGAGUAUGCGAGGGUCCCGUCCGGGCAGCCUUAAGCUUGGCCACCAGAAAGAGAACGGUGACAUUACUCACCUGAUGAUGGGGGCGCACGGGGGAUCCCAUUACCAGAGUGGGGCGGGUGGGGGCAUCUCAGGGAUACACCGGACGGACGACUUUGACCUCAAGAUGAUCCAGCAGAGAAAACAGCAGGCAGAGAUCAAGAGAAAUCAGCUGCAGGAUGACCUCAGAGAGAAUCAUCCAUUCUUUGACACUCCGCUGUUUGCCGUUGGCCGGGAGAGUCCCAUACGGAAAGUGUGUCAGGUGAUCGUCAACGCCAAGUACAACUACAUGCUGCGCGAUCCAGUCACUGGAAAGGAACUGCAUAGUGGCUAUAAGAGAAUACUGCCCCUGUGGGUUCGGAAGCUGUUUGGCCUGGUGACGUACCUGGACUGGAUCAUGAUUAUGGUCACCCUGAUGUCCUGUAUCUCCAUGUUCUUUGAGACGCCCCACAGACGCUUGACAAACACUCCAGAAUUAAAGUACGCCGAGUACAUCUUUGUGUUCAGUAUGAGCCUUGAGAUGGGGUUGAAGAUCAUGGCCCAUGGUCUGUUCUUCACACCCAAGGCUGUCAUCAAAGACGUGAGCGGGGUCCUGGAAGUAUUCAUUUAUAUCGUGAGUGUGAUAUUCCUAUGCUGGCAGCCAGAGAAGGUACCACCACUGGAAGGGGCGCAUAUGCUCAUGAUCCUUCGAUGUCUCCGCCCACUGAGAAUCUUCAUUCUCGUUCCACACAUGCGGAAAGUUGUGUACGAGCUCGUCAGGGGCUUUAAAGAAAUUCUGCUGGUAUCGGUGUUAUUGAUCGUGCUGAUGUUUGUGUUCGCCACUUUUGGGGUCCACCUACUGGGAGGCAAACUGGCCAGGUGUAAUGAUGCUAGUGUCAUAGAGCGGAGCAAGUGUGUUGGCACGUUCCGGUCCCCCAUGUUUGUGACGAGGAUGAAGGUCAAGCUGGGCCCCAACGAUACCAGGCCAGGAUUCAUGGUUCCACGUGUAUGGGCGAAUCCCCACAACUUCAACUUUGACAACAUUGGUAAUGCUAUGCUGGCACUGUUUGAGGUCCUAUCUCUGGAAGGCUGGUUGGAAGUGAGGGACGUGAUAAUCGAGAGGGUCAGACCGAUGGACAGCCUGUAUGUUCAUGUGUUCGUGUUUAUCGGCUACAUGAUUGGUCUUACCCUGUUUGUGGGAGUGGUCAUUGCAAACUAUAGUGAGAACAAGGGUACUGCGCUACUCACUGUAGACCAGCGUCGUUGGAUGGAUUUAAAGGGUCGAAUCAAGCUGGCUCAGCCCCAACACACGCCCCCUAGACCAGACAGUCGUGGUCUGACAUCCUUCAUGUAUGACAUCACUCAACACAAGAUGUUUGGGAAGCUUACAGUUGUACUCAUUCUGGCAAACUGCCUCCUGCUUGCUGUUCCUUGGCGUGAGGACAAACCAGAGGCUGUGUUCCUGGCCACAGUGUCGGCAAUCUUUACCAUUCUUUUCCUGUUCGAGGUGAUAAUGAAGAUGAUUGCAUUGACACCAGCAGGAUACUGGACUAGCCGACGUAACAGGCUGGACAUGUUUGCCACUCUGUUUGGGAUUAUAUGGAUCUUCAUACACUUUGGAGUCCAGUUUUCCCAGCAUCACAAGGAAGUUCACAGAAUGAGCUACAUGAUGGGAUCGUGCGUGAUCAUUCUGCGUUUCUUCACCAUCCUUGGAAAACACGCAACAUUGAAGAUGUUGUUCCAAACUGUCAUGAUGUCGGUCUUCAAGAGUUUCUUCAUCAUCACCGGCAUGUUCUUCCUCAUGCUCUUCUAUGCGUACACGGGUGUUCUGCUGUUCGGCAAUGUCAAAUAUGGAUAUGACCUUGGCAGGCAUGCAAACUUCAAGACAACUGCCCAUGCCAUUGCUCUGCUGUUCCGAAUUGUGACCGGAGAAGACUGGAACAAGAUCAUGCAUGACUGUAUGGUAUGGAAGCCAUUCUGCACAUACCGGGAGGGGAAUAGCUUCUGGGAGACUAACUGUGGGAACACGAUGGCUUCAAGAAUGUUCUUCUUCUCAUUCUAUGUGAUCAUCACAUACAUUGUCCUUAACCUGCUUGUUGCCAUCAUCAUGGAGAACUUUUCCCUAUUUUAUUCCAAUGAAGAAGAUGCCCUACUGAGCCACAGCGACAUUCGGCAGUUCCAAGCCACCUGGAACAUUGUCGACGUUAACAGAAAGGGUGUGAUACCAGUGAAUCGUGUGAAGUAUCUGCUGCGACUGUUGAAGGGUCGCCUGGAAGUUGACCUGGAGAAGGAGAAGCUGCUCUUCAAGCACAUGUGUUACGAGCUGGAGAGGAUGCACAAUGGAGGGGAUGUUACCUUCCAUGAUGUUAUCAGCAUGUUGUCAAACCGGAGUGUGGACAUCCGGAAGUCACUGCAGAUGGAAGAGCUGCUGGCCAGACAGGAACUUGAAGAAGCCAUUGAGGAAGAGGUGGCCAAGCAGACCAUCAGAAACUGGCUUGACAAGUGUCUCAAGCGCAUACGAGCUAAAAAUCAUUCCAAUCUGAUAUCCAACUUGCGAGCCAUGAACGAGCCCCUGUUCACUGUGACAGAGCUGGCUACCAGCACAGCAGACAGCAGUGAGGAGAGUGUGAGAGAGGAACCAGCCGGCCCCGCCCAGCCCCGGGCCCGCAAGAAGGGUACUGUGGAGCUCAAUCCUCCCAACAUACAUAUAGAGCCCGCACCCCCAAUGUCCAAGUCUCCGAACAUGCGUCGGUACCUGACACCACAGUUGAGUGACGCCUCACUACGCGAGAAGGAGAGGAUGGGACUCAAGAAGAAAUCCAGCAGGUUGAGCUCCACAGGUAAAACACUUGGGGCAGGCCUGAGUCUUGGACUGCUGGGUGACGGGGUUGGGGACGGCAAUGGGGAGUCGUCCUGUCUUACUGGCCACCAGGUCUCCUCCGACGUGAACUCCUGGUGGGUGGAGAUGAUGACCAACCUGGAGGACAAGAGUCAGUAGAUUGAGUGGGGGAGGGGAGCUUUAUUGUGCCAAGGAGAAGUCCUGUCUGAUCAUCAUUAAAGAAUUACCAGGCAUCAGCUUUUCUGCAGAAAGGUGUAGGAGAUUAAGCUGAUCACAAAAAAGAAGGGCCAAUGGAUGAGUAAUGAAUAUCUUAGUGAAUAUGAAUUUAGUGCAGUUUUUGACAUUUGUGCAGUUUCAUUGGGAUGGUUUUUGUGUUAAGAUUUUUAAGAAUAUGUGACUUUAUUUAAAAAAUUUAAGAAUAUGUGACUUUAUUUAAAAUGAUUACGAUAUUGAUUAAGAAGUGUAAAUUACGAUAGAAACUAACAAAUAUUGUUAAAACUGGUGAAUAAUCUAAACUAUGUAAUAGUGUUACGAAGAAGGAUAUUAUGGUAGAAAUUGUGAAAUAUUGUUAUGAUGAAUGAUAUGUAGAUAGAAGCUGUCAAAUAUAGUUCAGACAAUGCAUAUAAUGAUAAAUAAUGCCAAAUGUGUUGUUAAUACUGUGGAUAUUCAUGUAUGUGAAUAUAAGAAUGUUGUGUUUAUAUUGAGAGAAUUAUUAUGAGAACAGUUACUACUGGGUAAUCAUAUACAUGACGUUUUUGUAAUUAUAUGUUACAAAGAUAUUGUUAUUUAAAUGUUAUUGUUGAUCUGAUACUUUUAAAAAAAUGUGUUUAUAUUUGGAAAAUCCUUAUGUAUGUCGAAAUAACAAUUAACAAAGAUAUGAACAUAUUAUAUUUUUAUUUUCUGACAAAGAUUUAUAUUGAAACAUUGGCCCCUCAGGUCCGUUCAGGUCUUUAAGUCUUAAAGGGACUAGACACCAGAUGGUCCCAUAAUCAGCAAAUACAGUAUUACCUCAAAACAAGCCUAGAAUUGUCAAAACAAGCUAGUAUGAAACCCAUCAUACCAUUUUACAUCACUUUACAUGAUUAAAAUAAAAAAAUCGCUCUCUCAUAUGAGUUUACCUGUUUAGAAAUAGUGCAUAAUUGUUUCCAAGUUCAUAGUGUGUAUAUUUACUAUCUGAAAGUCGGGUGAUUAGUACAGAUACAUAUUCAGACGAGAUUUUAAAAUUUACUGGUGUUUACAUGGUAGACAAACCAAGUAAAUUCGGAAUUGGAAAAGUACACAAAAACUGCCUAAGUGAUACAUCUAUAAGUUUUAUUCAAUGUGUUGAACGCAACGAUAUAAUUCUUAUGUAAGAUAUUGACGAUGUUUUUUUUUCUUGUAAUUGUAUCAUGUCCCUUUAAAUUGAAAUCAUCUUUUUGUCAUAUUUUCAUUAAUUUGUGAAUAAAACUUUGCAAGUAUAAGAAGUAAACACAAAGUUUGUUAACAUUUAGGACGUUAAUAACGAUUUAAGAUUAGUGAAAUUACCUCUUAAGGUCUUUUUAUCAAAUCUGCCCCCCAGGAGAAAUAUUUUGCUGGGAAACCUAGCUACACAUGGUCACAUGUUGGAGUCCUGUUCGGUAGAGAUGGUAAAAGUAAUUCUUUGCACAACCAUGUGCUGUCAUUUAUUGACAAAAUAUAAUCCCUUUAUCUGUUAAUCAGCUGGUUGUAUGUCAACCAGGGUCCUGUUGUUUCAAAUUUAAACGAUGUGACUUUAUGAUAUCAUCCAAGAUUAAGGCUGCUUUUGUCAGUAUAUUCUUAAUUUUGAUUUAAUAAUACUUUAAUGCAUGAAGACAUACAAUGGGCCGAUUGUUAAACCUUGUUAAAGUUAACAACCUUUUUAUCGUCAUCGUUGUUAACUUUUAAAUCUAUACUGCUCUGGAAGUUGAAUUCUUUCCCAAAAAGUGUCAUCAUGAUAAGUAAAAUAUAUCUGUGUUCUUAUUUGUGUAUUGUUAAACCCAUGUGUUCAAAUUUUGUCUUAAGAAUAUGAUUGACAAAAUGGUAAAGAAAAAUACAUAUGUAUUUAGAAGACCCUAUUUUUGUAGAUUUCUUUGUUUUGUUUUGUAAUAAUAGAUUUUUGUUAACUGCUAGUCAUUCUAAAACAUAACCUUGCUGUGCAAUAUGUUUUAGAUAUUUAUAUAUGUUUUUUAUUGAAAUUAACUUAUGUUUUAAUGAUAUUUAUUGAUGUGUUUAUUGACAUAAACUUACGCUUUAUUGAUAUUUAUUUAUGUUUUUAUUGACAUUAUAAUCAUCUAACCAUUGUUUACAUUCAUAUAUUACUUUUAAUCAUUUACUUUUUACAUGACAUUUUAUACAAAGCCAAAGGUUGAUCAGUAUAAAUACAUAUGUACCUUCUACAUACAUGUAAUUUACAUGUAAGUAAACAAAUUACUACAAUAAAACCCAACCUUUUA